AUGCAAGGGCUUAUGGGCGCUAUCGCCGUUCGGUGGGAGAGAGGCCACGUGCCUGCUCUGACGGACGGAGGCAACCUUAAUUCUCCUUGUGGGAACCUUCCAGAUCUCUAUUACGAGUACCGUUCGGCCACCAAGCGCGUGAGUUCGAAUCCUGUCCCGUUGAUUCGAGAUUUGGGGAAGGCUUCGAAUCGGGGCCGCGGUCGCCAGCUGCCAAAACCGAGUCACAGCCAAACAUUAACAGCGGCUCUCAUCAUGGAACUCACUUCGGAGAAAGGCGUACAGUGUUCAGAAUGUGGCAAAUUCUGCCUCAACCAGAAGUCCCUCAAAAGCCACAUGACCGAACAUAAACCCAAAAUUUACCAUAAUUGCAAUAUCUGUGAUAAGGCGUUUACGACAAAGUAUAUACGAAACAGGCAUAUGCUAUCCCACACACACGCGCAGUACAAGUGCUUCCAGUGUCGCAAGGUCUUUCUAAGGGAAGACGGCCUCAUUCACCACUUGAAGAGGCACGCUGAGGCUCCUCCGGAGGAGUCUAAUGUGCAGUGUCUAGAGUGUGGCAAUUUCUACCUCAAUCAGAUGCGCCUUAAGAUCCACAUGGCCAAGCACAAGCCCAGGACUACCUACAAGUGCGAUGUCUGUGAGAAGGUGUUUGCAAUAAAGUGGUAUCGGGACAGGCACGUGCGUUCACACGGCGAUUUGCCGUAUAAGUGCUCCCACUGCGACAACGCCUUUUUGAUGGAAAAGGACUUUAAGCGCCACGUACAGAAGCAUACAGGGGAGAGGACCUAUGUUUGCCAAGAAUGCGGCAAGGGCUUCCUUGGGAAGUACAGUCUCAACAUCCACAUGACCACCCACACGGGCGAGGAGCCCUACUCCUGCUCGCGAUGCGGCAAGGCCUUCGGCAAGCGAUUUAAGUGCACCAAGCACAUUCGCCGAGAAUGCGGACCUGCAACGAAGGACGGAGAGCGGCUCCCACUCGUCAUACGUGCGCCGCCCCCCCGGCCGGCGCAGAAGACGGUCCAGCUAGCUCCUUCAACUGUCUUCUACACCAUAAUCGCCUCCGACCAGAUUGUGAAUUUGGGUAACUCCAUCAUUCUGCCUUGUGAGACAGGCGGCGGACUCUCAAGCACGGUCGGAGUGGAGCAUCCUGUGGCCACGCCGGGUGAUUCUCAGUAUUUAGCCGAGAAUGGAAUAGACCUAGACACAUUCCUGAAGAGGGAGAUCGCUGGUUUCCAGCAGUAA